GAAUCAGAUUAGUCGUGUGAACUGUCUAUAUAUCAGGGAAGGAAAUUAACCGGGAUGCAAAAUUCGACACCACACCGUGAGAAACGCACACCGAACAGCCGUUUGGCUAUUGGGGUCAUAAUCCCGGUUGUGACUCACAAGCGGUGUUUUACCAUAGCAUAUGGGAUCCAGAAAGACAGUUACCUAUUUCAACUACAAUAUUGACCAAAAAGCGGACAGUGCGCUUAACGGGGCAGAGUCUCCUGUGCUUCCUCCCGUUACUGAGGUGCCCCGCCCCUCCGCGCACACCACAGGCAGCCGGGCAGCACACCCUCCACACCGAGCGAGCCCAGCCGUCGGUAACGGAGAAGAUGGCAGAGAGGCAACAACAGAAACACGAAGGCAGGGUACAAAUCGGCCAUUACAUCCUCGGCAACACGCUCGGAGUGGGAACCUUCGGGAAAGUGAAGAUUGGCGAGCAUCAGUUGACGGGUCAUAAAGUGGCUGUAAAGAUCCUAAACAGACAGAAGCUCCGCAGCCUCGAUGUCGUCGGGAAGAUUAAAAGAGAGAUCCAGAACCUCAAACUGUUCAGACACCCACACAUUAUCAAGCUGUACCAGGUGAUAAGUACACCCACAGACUUCUUCAUGGUCAUGGAGUAUGUUUCUGGCGGUGAGCUGUUUGACUACAUCUGCAAACAUGGACGGGUGGAGGACACAGAAGCUCGGCGUCUUUUCCAGCAGAUUAUCUCAGCUGUGGACUACUGCCACAGACACAUGGUGGUCCACAGAGACCUCAAACCUGAGAACGUCCUGCUGGAUGCCAGCAAGAACGCCAAGAUAGCUGACUUUGGUCUGUCGAACAUGAUGUCAGAUGGGGAGUUCCUACGGACGAGCUGUGGCUCACCCAACUACGCUGCUCCAGAGGUCAUCUCAGGAAGGCUCUAUGCCGGCCCAGAGGUGGACAUCUGGAGCUGUGGGGUGAUCCUGUACGCCCUGCUGUGCGGCACGCUGCCCUUCGAUGAUGACCAUGUCCCCACGCUGUUCAAGAAGAUCAGAGGAGGGGUCUUCUACAUGCCAGAGUACCUGACUCGCCCGGUGGCCUCGCUGCUCACACUCAUGCUGCAGGUGGACCCUCUGAAGAGAGCCACCAUCAAAGACAUAAGGGAACACGAGUGGUUCAAGCAGGACCUGCCGUGCUACCUGUUCCCCGAGGACCCCUUGUACGAUUCGUCAGUGCUGGAUGAGGAGGCCGUCAGGGAAGUAUGCGAGAAGUUUGAAUGCACCGAGACAGAGUUUGUGUCCAGCCUUUACAGCGGGGAUCCACAGGAUCAUCUGUCCGUAGCUUAUCACCUGAUAAUAGACAACCGUCGCAUCAUGACCCAGGCCAGCGAGUUCUACCUGGCCUCCAGUCCUCCCCAGGGCUCCUUCAUAGAAGAGGGCAUGCCACUGCCCCCCGGGGUUAAAGCCCACCCAGAAAGGAUGCCUCCCCUCCUGGCCGACAGCCCAAAGGCUCGUUGUUCUCUGGAUGCUCUCAACACCACCCGGCCCAAACCCCUAGCAGUGAAGAAGGCCAAGUGGCACCUCGGCAUCAGGAGUCAGAGCAGACCCUACGACAUCAUGGCUGAAGUGUACAGGGCUAUGAGAACCCUCAGCUUUGAUUGGAAGGUGGUGAACCCAUAUCACCUGCGGGUGCGGAGGAAGAAUCCAGUGACAGGAAACUUGGUGAAAAUGAGCCUGCAGCUGUACCAGGUGGACAGCAGAUCUUACCUCCUCGACUUCAAAAGCAUCGAUGAUGACAUCAUCGAGGCGGCAGGUAAAUCAGGGUCGUCCACUCCCCAGAGGUCGGGCUCCACGGCCGGACUGCACAGACCCAGACUGAGCAUCGACUCGGCGACCCCGGCGCUGGACAUGCAGCUGCUCAGCUCCUCCCUGCCGGGGUCAUUGUUUGGCCCCUCCCCCCUGCUCACCUCACGCCAGGGAUCACACACCAUGGACUUCUUUGAAAUGUGUGCCAGUUUGAUCACUACGCUCGCACGCUGAGACCUCCUCACCUCGCUGCCACCUGGGUGUCAGUGGGGAUUUAAAGCCAAAUGCUGAUCUGGGAUGUAGGGAGUGUAGAGGUUCGGAGUGACUUCCUCUUUCUGUCUCCUCGCCAUCUCAGCUCCAGUGGUACUGGACUGGAAGGGUGAAUGGCUGUCACCUCAGAUCAAGGAGACAUAGAGAGGAAGCCUUUCUCAGAGAGGCAGAUAAUUAGUUUUCUUUUUUCUUGUUUUGACACAGUCAUGGGGUCAGAGUCUUAGAGUUUAAACAUCCAGCCACAGCUAAUGAAAACUGAUCCUGGGAGUGGAGUCUGUGAACUGGUCGGCAUAGAGAGAGGCAUUAGGGCACAGCUCAGUCGGGUUGCAGUCUGCAAAGGUCAAGUUUAAUGUCACUACUCCCACAAACACCUUCAAUCUGUUAUUAACUGCUGUCAUCAGCCCAAAAUACACUGAUCCUGCUGAGUUUGCCCCAGCCACUGAUCAGAGGUCAGUUUUAAUAUUUGUCUUAUAUAGUGAUCAAGACACUGGUUGAUAAACUUUACAUUGAAUCUGUGUUCUGAGGGAAAGUUAAAACAUAUAAAAUCUUAUUUCAGAUUUUAUAUUAUAUGGUUUGUAAACUGCUUUUGUUCUUCAUGUAAAAAAUAUAUUUAUAAUGCAAUCGUAUAACGUGGGUGGAAAGGUUGGCCAAGGUAUACCAAAUAACAGACUUUAUACAACAUAAAAUAGAUUAUUAUUUAGAUAUCAGAUCCAUAUUUAUUUUUGAAAGAUUGUUAUCUAGGCACUAUUAUAGUAUUUAAGCACAGAAUCUACGUAGAGGUUUAUCCUGAUUUUGAAUAGAUUGUAGAAGAUUAAUGAACCUGGAGAGACAGCCGGAUAGUCGGGCGAUAAUACUCUGCAUAACACUGAUCAGUGUUGAAGCACAGAUACACACCAUCUCACAGGAGUUUACACAACCACCCCAUAAUCUGACUAUUGUUGUGAAGCAACGGACUGUGCAUAGGUAUGAUAUUCUCUGAUAUUCCAAAGAAAAGACACACACACUCUACACUUAAUUUAAGUGAAUGAAUGCGUUAAUGUUGCGUAGUCAUGCAUGUACAGAAUAUAACUGAAAAACAUGGCAGUCAGUCAGAUAAGCAGUGAGCUAAGAAAGAAGCCAUGUGCUAGGCUACAAUUAAUAACAAUCAAAAACAAAGUAUUCCCCUUAGGCCUUUUAAAAGGAGAAAUAAUUCCAUCAACAAUAAGCGCCUAAUGUGAGGUCUAGAAUAGAUUUUCUCUGUGCAUAUUAAUAUUUACUUCAUAAAUUACUACAAAAGUCAAUCAAUUUUCAAAAUGGCUACUAAUCAUUCUAGAAGUAAUAAAGUUAAUUAGCCGUGUGUACGAAUAGAUAAUGAGGUGAUGAUGACAAUCGAUGAGAAGAAGAUGAUAAAUCCAUGUGAGCUGGUGUGUAUCUGCUGCAGGACGAGCCACAGAAACCUUUUUCCAGCUGCCUUAAAGAAUGCAACACAGUCAUUCUGUGCAUGUGUUUAUGGAGAGUGUGUGCAUGAGCCAGUGUGUGUGUAGAGGAGAUCAGAUGAGUGUGUCACAUGACUUUCUUGUUCUUUGUCUGGAGGAUCUUUGCAGUGACUUUAAAGUUGGUAGAAAGUCGUGUCAAAAUGUGAUGUCUGUGUGUUGGGGCUGUCCUCUGUGUGUUCCUACUGUUGAGCUGUCUGUUCGUCUGCACUUUAAAACUCAUUUGCAGAUUUAGUGUUGUAUUGCAUCACAGCCUUGUUGUGGAUACAUAAGCUUUACUGUACCUGUUGUUUCUUGUCCUAUGUUUUCAGACUGCAUGUUAAGUGAAAGUUGAUGCUGCUCAGAUAAAUCCUCCUGUCCGUCUUUCUCUCGGUUUCUUUCCUUGGUUUUAGAGCAGCGUAUUUGUUUUCAUAGAGGUGUUGCCUUUCUACUGUUCUCAGUCAAAUAUGUAGGGGGUUAGUAAGCACUCUACUUAAGACAGGUGUAACACAACUCCAAAAUGGCCAAUAUAUAAUAUAUUACACACCCUCGUAAUGUGUUAUACCUUUUUAUCCAUCAUUAUAUUCACAGGCUUUGGGGUAGCAGGCAGGGGUUUAUUUUUUUCAAGUUAAAAAGGAGAUUAACGGGAAAACAUUUCAGAAACUUUGGGCACGUUGGAGGUUUACACACAUCGCUGACUAUUCAACCAGUUAGUGUUUUAUAACUUUAUUGGACUUAAUUUGAUGUAGGACGAGUUGGUUACUCUACUUGUUGAUUGGAGUGAUUAUUGUCUGCAUCAAACUCAAAAUGGAGUCAAAUUGCCUUAUGAGAGCACUGUGAAGGCUUUUGGUUGAAACAGUGAAAGCCACAUUCUUGUUCCUCUGCUAAAUCCCUUUAUUACAUUAUCCUGUUUCUACGUCCUGUGUGGUUGCCUUUCCUGUCUGUGGCGUCACAUACACUGAAUAUACUCCGAUGUGCUCCCGCUGCCAGACACAUGCCACUGCACACAGCUUUUAAACAACAAUGGAUGUCAAACCUCUAUAUUAAACUCCAGUGCUGCUGUGUCUAAUGACUUCUGUUUAGUGAGCGACUCGGUUCACAUCAGGAUCACAUCUGGCCCAUUAUGCAUCUGAUUCUGCAUUGGAGAGGUCAUGGGUAUUUUUCCUGAUAUAACCAGUAUUUACUGUCAGAUGCAGCACUGUACAUUACAACUGUAUGCAACUACCAGUGGCAUGUUAGUAGUUAGACUCUAAUCUGUGUUUAAAGCUGGGAAACAGACGGGGCCGAAUCAAAUACUCUUAUCUGUGGUGGGUUUUUAUGAUAAGUAACUUAAAUACACCUGUGUAUGUUGUACGCGCAUGUGUGUGUGUGUGCGCGCACUGGUUAUUGGGAAAGAAAAUGUAUAAGCCUGUGUUUGUCACAGCUUCUCUUCCUGUCUCUGUCUGAUUGGGGUUUGGAUUUCUCUUGUUACGCACUGCAUGAAAUUGCUGUUAUAAUUUGAACUUGAAGAGUAUUUAUUGAAAAACAAUAAAGCAACAUAUAAAAGGAAAA